CUUUUAUCAGUGUGAAUGCACGUUUUGUCCAAUGAUUCUCAUGGGAAGGACGGUGCAUUAGACUCUUAAUAUACAAGGGCAGUGAAUUUAUGGUUUAUUUUCUUGUCAGCAAUGACAACGUCUACAAUCGAUAUUUCAUUUACAGACAUCACAGGGUGUUCCAUUUGUUUCGGAAAAUUUAUAACGCCGAGGCUAAAACGGGUACGCUGAAUUCGUACUGAAAGCGAAAGUUGAAUUGUGAUAGAAAAAUGGCAACUUCACUAGACAGCUCUACAACGGAGGAUGUUACAUUUUGUUCGAUAUGUAUCGAAAAGUUCAAGUCGCCGAGGUUUUUACCGUGUACACAUUCCUUCUGUCACAAGUGUUUAUCUUCCUACAUUGAUAAUGUGUGUAAAUCUACGGAGCCUCGUUUGGGAUUUAAUUGUCCAUUAUGCCGUGAGUACAUUCCCAUUGAUAAUGCCUUGGGUGAGCCAGAGAAGUGGGCAGAACUUUUCCCUGAAAACGAAGUAUUAGGAAAACUUUUACAGGAAUCAGAACAAACACAAUGCGAGACUUGCUUACGACAGAGCGAAGUAGAGUAUGCAACCGAUUUUUGUUUCUUUUGCAUGGAAUAUUUGUGCAAAUUGUGUACAAAAUAUCAUAAAAGAAGUCUAACAACACUUGACCAUAAGACAGUACCAGUGAAUAAAAUGAAAGGAAUGAAUAUUACACCGAGAAUUGGUAGAGAAAAUAUGUGUUCAACACAUCAGGAUAGAAAACUAGAGCUAUUUUGCAACGAUCACGAAGAGCCAUGCUGUGCAAUGUGUGUCAGUACGGAACACAGAAAAUGUGAAAGUGUUGAUGCUAUAAAGAAAACUGCUGAGACUCUCAGAGAGAUUCUUAGUCAUAAUUUCGACAGCCUGUCUGAAGACAUACAUAUUCUUGAAAACAAAUUAGUAGAUGCAAAGAAGGAACAAGAAAGGUUCGUUACAGAAUGGAUGAUAAAGCAGACCAGAUUACAGAGAAUACCACGAGAGAAUUUCGGGUUGCUAUCGAUCACUUGCAGCAUCUGAAAAAUGAGUAUCUAACAAAAAUGGCUACCGCUGUAAAGAGAAAUAAAGAAAAAUACGAAAAAUGCAUAGACACGCUAUCAGAUGGAAUUCAAUGCACAGAUUACUGUUACAGAAAUAUUGAGGAUUGUAGAAAAAGUCAGGAUGACAUCGAUAUGGUUGUGAAGUACUAUAAAAGCAGAAAAAUAUUUGAACAACUCAAAAAUUACGAAUUUACACAAAUACGCAUAGGGCUUAAGGAAGGAAAGGAUCCUAUUUUGGAAGAUAUCAUGGAUCUUGAAAGUUUUCCUGGUGCAGUAUUUUCAGAGUCCCUAUUUGAUGUCAAGUCUGAUCUGAGAAGAGUUGAGUUAUCUUUAUUAAAUCAUUUUAGCAUUGAUGCAGGCUGCGUAUGUGAUGGUACGUUUUUAUCAAAUGGAGAGUUCGUUCUAUCAUGGCUGUCGACAAAAAGGCGGGGUUGUAAAAGGAGCAACAAUGGUAAAUGCUUCUUUUAUAACAAAGUGUUUGCGUGCACAAGAUCCAUUGACUUGUCUUCAGAACCUUUCGGUCUGUGUGAAAAGGCACGAGAAUUAUUAGUGGCAUGCCACGGUUCAAGAUCCAUUGAAAGGGUAUCACUUUACUCUUAUUCCAAAUCAUCAAAUAUGAUAUUCACCAGUCUUCACAAAAACUUUGGAAUAGCAAAGAAGGAUGCUUACUUUUACUAUGCAUGCAAUGACAAAAUCGUGAAGAUAAACGAGUAUGAAAGAAUAAUGAAAGAGUACAGCGCAGAGACUGGCGUGAAGCACAUCGUCGCCACGAAAAAACACAUAAUAUACAGUAACAGAAAAACACACGUCGUAACAGACGGAGGUCAAACCGUGUGGAAAUGCGACAGUCCACAUCUUAAAUUUCUGUGUGGCCUUGACACGGACUCUGAUGGUAAUAUCUAUGUCGCUGGUAAAUCCAGUGACAAUGUCCAUGUGUUGUCCAGUGAAGGCAAAUUAAUUCGACUUUUUGAGGACAUUCCGAGACCAUACUUUAUGAAAAUAAACAAAGCGAGAAAUACAUGUUGCGUGUGUAGCAAUCGAAAACACAUCAAAGUGUACGAAUUCAAAUAAUCCCAGCGCUCCUCUCUCAGUGUUGUGAUAACAGUGAAGUUUAUGCAGAACAUUAGAAUAGUAUUUUUUUCUAUAUGUUCAAAUGUUGGAUAUAAAGAACAAAUAUGAAACUUUGAUUCUCUGUAGUAUUGUAGUUGUUAAUUAAUUGUAGUUGUUAAUUAAUUGUAGUUGUUAAUUAAAAAGAAUGAACAAAUGGAGAUAACGAACAUCUGAUUUGCACUUGUAUGGCGUGCGUUUUGUUCUGAUGUGAUAUUUCAACUCUAACACGGUACGAACGGACAAGAGUCAUGGGCUUGAUGGUAUUUUUCACAGCAAGCAGUGUCACUUUUCGUCUAUAUGAUUGUUCUAUCGUAUAUUUCCGACUGAGCAAAACUAAGUAUAUACACGAGUGAUAAAACUUGCAUUCUUAGUCCGGGCAUAAACAUAAUGCAGGGACAAAUUUCGUAAAUGGCUAACUACGAAAUGUCAAUAUCUCGGCGAAAAAUAAAUACCAAGAAAUAGUGACGACUAAUUUCAUAAAAUAACACUUGAAUGUUAAUUGACACACAGUCAAGAGAUACUUUAUUCACUUUAAUUACAUAUUUUACAGGUUAGGGAAGGGCCUGAUAAUCAUUCUGAAAAGGUUAAAUCGGGAAAAAAGAUUAAUAUCAAUUUCACAUGUUUUA